CUCAAGACAAAGAAGGCAAGGGUAUCCUGUUUUACUGUUUGGCAUCAACCAAACGUCACUUGACAGCAUUAAAGAUUGCAUUGGAACAUGGUGCAAAUGUGAAUAAUGUGGUAAGUGAUGUACAAACAUGAGGGUAGAGUGUAGGUAGUAUUCUACUGUAGCUGAAUGGCCAGUGUAAGACUGUGACUGUUUCUUGAUUUGUUGUUAUAUAGAGCAAUGAUGGUGUCCCACUCCUGGUCAAAGCUGCUGAAGAUGGUCUGGAAGAGUUUGUGGAUGAUUUCCUCCAUGCUGGUGCCAACCCAAAUAGUAAACAUGUG